AUGCAUACUUCCAGAAGUCGGACUUUUAAUCUCCAAGGUGAAGCGCUCCUGGCAGUACUUUCGGAUACACGCCCAAGUGGCUCUGCCCUCACGGUUGAUCUCCCGCCUGAGCUCAUCACCUUUUCUGACACGGCCAAGGUGUUGGAACUCCGCUGUCUCGGGGUAUCUCUGUCUCGCUGCUUCGAUCGCCAAUGGAGCCUGAAGGUGGUGGAGGUGGCGCUUCCGCCGUCGGCUUCUUCUCCGUCACUGGCACCCCAAAGGCUCCAAACAUCGACAGAGCCAUGUAGGUCACUAUCCUCACCAGUCCUUCGGACGAUCUCGACGUGAGACCGGCGUCGUCAACGUUCAACAUUGCCCAACCGCGUUUGGUUCUUGUUCCAGUGGUAUCGUUGCCCUCGUCCUCGCCCCAGUCUCCUCGACGUAUAACAGAUCGCUGGGAAUGACGUCAUCUGAUCUAGGCCAUACUGCACAGCAAUGACCUCGAUCGCCCUCGCGGCAAAAAGAGAGUGGGUGCAAUUAUCUGAGACGCAUGAGACGCAACGGUUAUAGUUCAAAGCACGUCU